CCUCUGGCGCCGAGGGGGCGUGGCCACCCCUGAGGGGGACGCUCUAAGAUGGCGGCCGCGCUGUGGGCGCUGAUCGGGGCUUUGGCCGCCCUCGGGCCGGGCCCGGCGGUCGCGGCGGCCCCGCGGCUCCCGCUGCUGGUCUGGAGCACCGAGAGGUCGCUGUGGCCCCCCCAGUCCCUCCCCGCGGGCCGGGCGCUGUCGGAGCCGGAGCUGCAGGAGCUGCUGGAGCCGGGGCUGCGCCGGGGCCCGCGCACGGUGCUGCUCUUCCUGCAGGAGCAGCUGUCCCUGGAGGAUUUCACGGCGUUCGGAGCCCACGGAGCCUUCCCCCGGCUGCAGGACGCCCUGGGGUCGGCGGGGUCAGCGCUGACCGUCCCCGCGGUGGCCGGAGCGGCCGCGGCCGCGCUGCCCCUGACCCUGCAGCGCCUCCUGGGCGCCCCUCCCCCCCUGCGGCUGCCCGGGGGGGCCCUGGCCGGGCUGAGGCUGAACCGGACAGAGCCGCGGAGUGACCACCCGAGUGACCACCCGAGUGACCACGGCACUGACCCACAGAGUGACACCGAAAGUGACCCCCAGAGUGACCCCCAGCCCAGCCUGCUGCUGGUGGGGCUGCCCCACAGGCGCUCCGGCCUGAUGGGAGCCAGAGAGGCCCUGAGCAGGAACGACGCGGUGCUGGGGGAGGUGCUGCGGGUGCUGCAGGAGGAGCAGAUCCCGUACACGGCGCUGCUGAGCGCGGAACGGCCGGCGGACCCCCGCCCCUCCCCCCCCCCUGGAUUUUGGGGGUCCCCGGCGGGCGCUGCUGGCCCGGGGGGUGGGGGAGGGGCCGGCCGAGCCCCCCCCCCUGCGCUGGCCCCCCCAGGGGGACCCCAAAAUUCUGCUCUGGGCCCGGAACCUGUCGGUGACGCUCGGGGGGCGCCCCCAGGACCUCACCCCAAAAACCUUCGGGGGCGGCGCCGAGGUGGAUCUGGGGGGGUCCUCCUGGAGCCCCCACGAGGCCCGGCUGGUUCUGCGCUACCCGGAGGUUUUUGGGGAGCCCCUGAACAUCACGUUCCUGCUGCGCCGGGCGUGGUUCCCGGUCUCGGGGCGCCCCUGGGCGUGGCUGGAGGAAAUCGGGGUGACCCUGGGGGGGGCCCCCCCCGCCCGGUUCCGAAUUCGGGGCGCGGCCGCCCCCUCCCCCCUGGGCUGGCGCUGCGGAGAUUUGGGGACCCCCGGCCCCCUCCUGCUGCCCCUCCCCCCCCUGGAGCAGAGCCAGCGCUGGGGGAUCCGGAUCCGCGACCUGCAGGUUCAGGGGUUCAACGUGUCCGGGGGCGUUUUUGGGGGGGCCUCGGACUGCGCCGGGUUUUUUGGGGUGGGGGCGUGGAUGGGGCUGAUUUCGGGGGGGCUCCUGCUGGGGGGGCUCCUGCUGGGGGGGGGGGUCCUGCUGGGGCUGCGCCCCAUGGAUCGCUUCGACGACCCCCGGGGACCCCCCCUGCCCGUGCCCCUGGCCGAGUGAGGGACCCCAAAUUUUGGGGGGGGGAAAUCGGGAAUUUUGGGGGGAAAACGCAAAAAAUCGGGGGGAAAAAUACGAAAAUUUGGGGGAAAAAUGAUAAAAAUUCACUGUAAAAAAGCCCCAAAAUU